AUGUGGAGAUGUCAUCUUCCACGACCCAUAUGCACACCGGACCUUGGUCUGUUCUUGGAAGAGGCCGAGAAGGUGAAGCAGGAGAUGGGUUCUGUCCUGGACAUUCUGGGGCGUCUACAGCAAGCCAACGAGGAGAGCAAGUCCCUCCACAAGUCUGAGGCUUUGCAGUCCUUGCGCAGCAAAAUUAAUGUUGAUAUUUUGACGGUGCUAAAGAAAACCAGGACUACCAGAUCUCAGCUGGAGGACAUGGACCGCGCCAACGCCGCCAACAGGAGGCUCUCCGCCUACAAAGAAGCGUUGGAUGGCAGGACCUACAAGUCUGAGGCUUUGCAGUCCUUGCGCAGCAAAAUUAAUGUUGAUAUUUUGACGGUGCUGAAGAAAACCAGGACUACCAGAUCUCAGCUGGAGGACAUGGACCGCGCCAACGCCGCCAACAGGAGGCUCUCCGCCUACAAAGAAGGCACUCCGAUUUAG